CAGCGGCCCGCCGGGGAGCCAGCGCGGCCGCUGGAAAAACUCAGGGAGCGACUUUUCCCGAGCAACAUCCAUUGGAAAUCUUCACCUCACCUCCAGCCCGACCGCAACAAUUGCCUCGAUCCACCCAGAAAGGGCCCAUUGACAGCCAUUGCCGGCCCCCGACCUCCGUCCUCAACCACGGAUCGCAUCCUAUAGUCACAGCGCAGCAAUGUCGUCGACGGGAGUCAACGUUCUCCGGUGGUCCGCCCUCGCCGUGGGCGUCUUCUACGGCUUCUCUCACCAACGGACGAUAACGACCACGCAACGGGCCGCGCACGAGCAGCACGAGUACGAGCAAAAGCAAAAGUUGAUAGAUCAGGCCAAGGCCGAGUUCGCCAAGCAGAAGAACCCGCAGCCUGCGUCUCAGUCCGAUGUCAUCACCGACGUCAACAGCCCCAAAUUUGACCUCGAGAAGUACCUGCUGCAGGUGGCCAAGGAGAACCCUUAAGAGACGGAUAGGGCGGUGCGGGAUGGUCGGCGGUCGACUGUCCGCAAGAGUGCGGGCGUGGUGGGAAGGAGGGCGGCUCGUCUACAGACUUGAGCGACAGGCCAAGGGUCCUUUGUGCUAGGACGGCGAGAUGUAGGUGUGUACUAUGAUGGGGGCGCCGAGGAGCGCGACUGCAUAGACGUUUCCUUUUAGGUCCUGUGUGCGCAAAGUGUACAGGUGUAAACAUACACGCAAUUAGAUGGCAUGCACGGACGGAUCCCCGUGGAAAGCAGUGAUAUUGAGCUGCACACUACCAUGUGAUGCCGCCGAUGAGAAGGCACCUGUCUGUCACUAGCGGGGUCACUUAUGGCACCUACCCACUGCCAGACGCAUU